AAAUGAUGGCAGAAUGUUAAUUUUUGAGUGAACUAUCCCUUACAUAUUCAGGAUUAUGAAGUCUAUAGUAAAUCAAUUUGUAAGCAAGUAUUAAUUAUGUAUCAUAGAGGGACCAAAAUCGUCAACGUAACCUAAGUGUUCAUUCAGAACACUAAAAGCAUCUUGCACAUUUUUCAAAAGCUGUCGAACUCUUGUCAUUCAAGUCCUCUGGUUAAUGAUGAAAUGCUGUGAAGCAGUGCCCUCUGCUGGUGUCUCUUUGCAACACAAAUAAUUCAUAUAAACAAUUUGCUUCGGAUAAAUGAAUUAUGCAACGUAAAAAAAAGAAUCACAAAAAAUCCUUAUGAGAAAGAAUUGGUUGGCCAAUUAAAUAAAUUUGCAAUUUAAUAAAGAAAUUUAAAUUCUGAGUAAUGAUUAGCUAUUUAAUUGGCCAUGGAUUAUUGAUUCAUGGAAAUCCUGGCUAAAUAAGAAUGGGUUACCCAAAUAUGAAAAUAAAUAAAAACUACAAAGUAACAAGUUACACUUGGCAUUGUCAUAGAAGCUUGUUAUGUUUUUUUUGUCCAUUAGAGGGCCACGAAGAGCCAAAUGUUUAAAUCAGAGAAAAUAUUUGCCAACUAAUACUAGCUAGCUGUCAAUAUGAUAUAUUUAUUUUAGAUUUAAAGACAUCAGUCUUUAAAUCGUUUUUUUAAUGUUUUUUUGUGGAUGUGUUUUAGUCUUUGAUUAGUGUAUUUAUUUUUGUGGGUUUUUUUUUUUUUUUACUUUAAGUAGUUUUAUUUUGCUAUUCUAAAGGCAUUGGUCAUAUCAACAUGGUAGGCUAUUAGUUUUAAUGUUAACUUAUGUAAUGAUAAUGUAAAUUUAAGGCCAGCCUACAACAGCACAGAAACUCUAUCUCCCUCUUUCUAUAGUCUUUUGUUGUGUUCAGGAAGUUGUACACACAUGGUCUGUCCAAUACGUCACAAUUCAAACAGCGUCCCAACUGCACACAGCCCAUGCUGCACAGCUCACUCACAGACACAAAAGAAAACAAACCUGUUUGUCUGCCUCUUAGCUACCCGGAAACUGAUCACAGAGAGAGAGAGAGUGAGAGAGAGAGAGAGAGAGAGAGAGAGAGAGAGAGAGAGAGAGAGAGAGAGAGAGAGAGAGAGAGAAAGAAAGAGAGGUGAAUGUAUGCAGUUGAGUUCCUGUCCUAAACCAACAUGAAUGUAAGUACCUCUUCAAAAUUUUGGUCAUAGAGAUACAUUCAGACAGAGUGAGAUACACCGUAUGAAUGAGAGAGAUAACGACUGGCAGUAUGGGAGGAGUGACGGUGCAGGAGGCCGGUAUAUCUGAGAGCAAAAAAAAAUAUCUGAAGAAUUCAUGUUUUCAUUUCGUUUAGCUUCUUUGCAACAUCUUUGUUACGGAGACCUGACAAAAGGACACAUGAACUUUGGAGCAUUUUUUUUUUAUGGAGCAAAGGCACAUUCUUUAAAGAUGUAUAGGCACCAACCUGUAAACUUUUUGUAAGGUGUUGAAGGUGUGUUGUUUGAAUUAUUGAGCUCUUCUUGUUGUGCUUGUGAAAAAUGUACCUUGUGAAAGGCAUCUACCCUCACAGUGGCAAUGGUGACAAACAUCUCUCAUCACUUCUUCGCACUUGACCGGACCUGUGGACCUUGAUAUGGACAAUUCAAGAUUUUUAAACUGGAUUAUUGAACAAAGUUUUGCUGUGAUGAUAGCUGAUUUAGAAAUCAUAACAAUUACAGCCGCUUUUAAACUGCUGUUUCAUCAUUUUAUCAUAAUCAAUGAUAACAGGACAAAGAGUUACCAGGGAAGUGGUUUUCAGAUAAUUCUCUUUACCUAAAAAUAGAUAUCUUUUCUGAGAAUAAUGGUGUAACCGUUCGAUAAGUCAUAGCAUCAGAGGUUUUCAUCUUUUCAUGCUAGCUCUGCUAAAAACAAUGCUCUCCAUAGACUCAACUAAUCAUCAAUUGUUGUAUCAUGCAUACAAAAGGACAACUGAAUCAAAUACACUUUAAUUGUGUGAAGGAAGUGGACUCAACACUAUCUCAGACAACUGUUGAUUCAGACACAUGUCUGAACAUUAACAGAGGCUGACUAACACUCCACGUGUGGCUCAUUGGAUACAUCUCAUCUAUGAUGGCAACAGCUAGGCGUUCGGGACCAGCAGGCCGAAGUCAAAUUCUUGACGCUCCUCAAUCCAUGUCUCAGUCCCCCACAAGUGCAGACCGCAAACUUCUUGAUAAAGUUUUCAAGAGACUGGAGAAGCUGCAUAAACUGAGCACCGACCCCAGGCUGGGUCUAAAAAACAGUCCGCCAUUCCUCCCCGAGCUGGUGUCAGAGACCGCCACCCUCCUGACAGAAGUAUGGGCUCCUUACAGGGGGUCAAUGAUGGCCGUGCCACGAGGGGACGAGGGUGAAUAUCUGAGGAUCCAUAUUCGCCACAUGCUGGACAAGACAGACAGAGCUGUACUGCUGUUUAAAGAUGGCAAGGAGAAAAUGUUUGAAGAAACAUCAAGCUACAGGAGAAAUCUUACUAAAUUGUCACUUCUGUUCAGCCACAUGUUAAAUGAACUACGAAAUAUGUUUCCUGGAGGACGAUUUCAGGGUGAUACUUAUAGGGUUACAAAAACAGAGGCCAAAGAUUUCUGGAAGAAGGCUUUUGGACACAAAUGUAUAGUGCAGUGGAACAUUUUUAAACAGCAGCUGAGGAGGGUUCACUACUUCGAAGAGGGAAUGGAGUCCAUGGCUUUGAAGUCCACAGUUGAUCUCACUUGUAACGAUCACAUAUCCAUCUUUGAGUUUGAUAUUUUCACCAGGCUUUUUCAGCCCUGGUCAACUCUGUUAAGGAACUGGAAUCAUUUAGCAGUAACUCAUCCUGGAUACAUGGCGUUUCUCACCUACGACCAAGUCAGAAUCCGACUGGAGCACUACAGACAUCGUCCUGGCAGCUACAUCUUUCGUCUCAGUUGCACACAAAUGGGUCAGUGGGCGAUUGGGCAUGUGACCAGUGAUGGCACCAUUGUGCAAACCAUUCCCCAAAAUACACCUCUCUACCAAGCACUCAUACAAGGUUUCAGGGAGGGCUGCUACUUAUACCCUGAUGGGCGUGACGUGAACCCUGAUCUCACCAGCCUGUGCAGUCCGGCUCACAAGGGUCGAGUCAAAGUCACAGAGGAGCAGUAUGAAUUAUACUGUGAGAUUGGCAGCACAUUUCAGCUCUGCAAAAUCUGCACAGAACGAGACAAGGACACUCGCAUUCAACCAUGCGGGCAUCUGCUGUGUCAGCCCUGCUUGACUGGGUGGCAGAAAUCAGAUGGACACACGUGCCCCUACUGCCGCUGUGAUAUCAGAGGCACGGAGUCCAUCCUCAUUGAGCCCUACCUGCCAGUGAGAGACAGGAGGCCAGAGGAGAAUGAGGAAGACGAUGAAGAUGAGGAGGAGGAUCAUGAGGAUGUGGAGCUGGUAAUGAAAAAACUGGCUUGUAUGAAAAAGAUUUCACAGGAUGAGUAUCAAGUUCCCCGUACCAGUCAUUUACCUCCUCCCCUUCCUCCCAAAAGAAAUUCCCUUUCCCCGUGUCCCUCUCCCAAACCACCCUCCAGAUCCUUUGGCUCAGGCACACGGGUCAGCCAUUCUAGUUUGAAAGUCAAACACAGUUCCUGGUCAGAAAACAUGUUAAGACAAACUUCCCCAGAUAG